CUUCACGACAGAGCCGUAAAGGCGCGCGCAGGCAGCAACGCGGAGCAUGGCUGUGUACGCUGCGGCGGCGGCGGUGCUGGCGGGCGUGGAGAGCCGCCAGGGCUCCCUCAAGGGACUAGUGUACGCCAGCAGCUUCCAGAAUGUGAAGCAGCUGUACGCGCUGGUGUGCGAGACGCAACGCUACUCCGCUGUGCUGGACGCCGUGAUCGCCAGCGCCGGCCUCCUCCGCGCAGAGAAGAAGCUGCGGCCGCACCUGGCCAAGGUGCUAGUGUACGAACUGUUACUUGGAAGAGGCUUUAAAGGGCAUGGGGGCCGAUGGAAGCCCCUGCUGGACCGGCACCAGGCAAGGCUGAAGGCUGAGUUGGCCCGGCUCAAGGUUCGUCGAGGUGUGAGCCGGAACGAGGACCUGUUGGAGGUGGGAUCCAAGUCUGACCCAGCCUCCCAGGUGCCUCGAUUUGUGCGGGUGAACACUCUGAAGACCCGCUCUGAGGAUGUAGUUGAUUAUUUCAAGAGACAAGGUUUCUCUUACCAGGGCCAGGCUUCCAGCCUCGAGGACAUAAGGGCCCUCAAAGGGAAGUGUUUUCUUCUGGAUCCCUUGCUGCCAGAGCUGCUUGUGUUUCCAGCCCAAACAGAUCUGCAUGAACAUCCACUGUACCAAGCUGGUCACCUCAUCCUCCAAGACAAGGCCAGCUGUCUCCCAGCCGUGCUGCUGGCUCCUCCCCCGGGUUCCCAUGUCAUUGACGCAUGCGCUGCCCCAGGCAAUAAGACCAGUCACUUGGCUGCUCUUCUCAAGAACCAAGGGAAGAUCUUUGCCUUUGACCUGGAUGCCAAGCGGCUGGCGUCUAUGGCCACCCUGCUGGCCCGAGCUGGGGUGUCUUGCUGCGAGCUGGCCGAGCAGGACUUCCUGGCGGUCGCACCCACAGACCAGCGUUAUCGUCAGGUCCAGUACAUCUUGCUGGAUCCUUCGUGCAGUGGCUCUGGGAUGCUGACCAGACGGCUGGAGGAGCCCGGGGCCGGCGCCCCGAGCCAGGAGCGCCUGCGGGCGCUGGCGGGCUUCCAGCAGCGGGCCCUGAGCCACGCGCUCACGUUCCCUGCCCUGCGGCGCCUCGUCUACUCCACGUGCUCCCUCUGCCAGGAGGAGAAUGAAGAUGUGGUACAAGCUGCCCUGCAGCAGAGCCCAGGAGCCUUCAGGCUGGCUCCCGUCCUCCCCUCCUGGCCGCAUCGAGGCCUCGGCACGUUUCCAGGUGCUGAACACUGCCUCCGGGCCUCCCCUGACACCACGCUCACCGGUGGCUUCUUCAUCGCUGUGCUUGAACGGGUAGAGGUACCAAGUGCCGUCUCACAGGCCGAAGCAUCCAUCCCAGAACUGACGUCCAGCCCAGGCCCAAGGAGGAAGAGACGGCGGCGAAAGGCAGCGGCCACGCCCAGCACACAGCCUGGCACGUAGCUGGGGCUCAGAGCCUGGACUGCUCAGGCCUCCUCCCAGCUCGUCUCCGGCCCUCAGUGCCGGGCAGCGGGCUUGUGUGGAAAGGGUCUUUCCAUGGCUGUAGGAAUUAAACGGGCGAGCCUGCUCCUCCAGCCGGGGAGGGUGGCCCUCCCUCGGGCUGUGCCGCUGCCCCUGAGCUGUGUUCUUGCUGGGAGGCACUGCUGCCCACGGAAAUAAAAGGCAGGACAUGGUCUACGAUAGAUCACAGUUUUUUAUUCUUAUGACAUAAGCAAGGAGAAAAACCUCACAUUCAUACUAAAAAUUCCAACUAGACUCACAGGAUUCAGUCUUCAGUCGUGAUGGAAAGUCCCAGCCUCCCGUCGCUGUCCAGUGCACGUCCACACCCGCACGCACACACUCACACUCAGGCCGCGCCAGGCCGCCUGCUUCGGGGGGUUCCUGGACCAACGGUCCUGCCCGUGGAACCGAGGUAAACGAGCUCCGCGCGCGCGCCAGCCUAAGGGGUCUACCUUCGGGAAGGUAUAGGCAGGAGCCUCGCUUCCAGACCCGUGCCCCGCCCCGCCCGUGGCUCGAGGUUCGGGUCCCUCUGCAGCUGCACACACAGCGGUGAGUAGUGGAGCUCUCCCUGGGGGCGCAGUCCCCUGCCAGCGCCAGCGGACGUUCACCCUCAGUCACAAAGGGGAGGGGGACUAGUACAGCUACAUCACAUUUAUAAAAUAAGAAUUACAUUUUCUGUUUCCAGAAGGAGCUCCAGUCCCUUGGAAGAGCUGCCUGGGACAGCACGUGAGCCUCUUCUUCACACAGGCAUAACUUAACUAUACAGCUAAUUUCUAGUCAAUAGCAUUUAUACUUAACCACCUCAAUGAACCAAGCUUGAAGGAAUUUAAAAGGCAAUUUAGCUUAAAUACAAAAAUAAAUUUUUUAUUUUGUUAAAAAA